AACACUGAUAAUAAUUGAUCUCUUUCACAAUAAGUUUCAGUCAAUAGAGAAAAAUGUUAGAGAAAGCUCAUUGAGUAUAAACGAUUGAAAUCGGAAUUAUUAGUAUUCAAUACAAAUUUUUAAAUCAAUUAUUCAUUUUUCGUGUUAAUUAUUACCAUUCUACUGUUAAAAAUGGCAGUGAUCACAAAAUACUGGGUUCUAGACAGUUUGAUUUUAGUAUUUGGGUUUAUAGUGGUUGCAUAUUUAUAUAUGACACGAAAAUUCAAAUACUGGAAAAAACGUGGAGUGGCCGAAAUAGAACCCACUGCGUUUAUUGGAAAUUUCGGCGACUGUUUGACGGCUAAAAAAUGUGCUGGUGACUGGUUAAAGGACAUGUAUAACUGGAGUGCAGGUUUGCCUUACAUGGGCUUUUAUGUUUUUGACAGACCGUGUUUGUUAGUACGCGAUCCUUCACUGAUCAAGCAAAUACUCGUAAAAGAUUUCAAUUACUUUAACAACAGAUUUGUUAGCGCAAGUCCCCACGACCGUCUCGGUGACGCUAAUUUAUUUUUGAUUAAAAAUCCACAGUGGAAAAUAGUGAGAACUAAACUUACGCCGAUUUAUACUUCGGGAAGAUUGAAGAAGAUGUUUGAAUUAAUGGAUGCUGUUGGUAACGAUUUUAUUACGCUUAUGGAGUCACUUGAGUUAGAAGGCAGUGGAAAACAAUUGGAAUUAAAAGAAUUGUGUGCAAGAUUUACUACGGAGUUGAUUGCAUCAACGGCAUUUGGUAUUCGAGCGAAUUGUCUCCAUGAUUCGAAAGCGGAAUUUCGAGAAAAAGGACGGCAAAUAUUUGAGCCUUCGCUGUGGCGUAAUUUUGAAAUUACAUCGUUAUUUUUUGCACCACAAUUAGUAAACUCUCUGAAGUUGGAAUUCGUACCACGGGACAGUGCUAAAUUUCUGCGCACUACAUUGUGGGAUGUUAUAAAUGAAAGAGAGCGAUUGGGUGUCAAGAGAGGGGAUUUGAUUGAUUUGUUGAUCGAAUUGCGAAACAAUAAAACUGAAGUAUUCAAUAAUGAAUUUGAUUUUGAUGGCGACAAUUUGUUGGCUCAAGCUGUUGUAUUUUUCAACGCCGGUUUCGAAACAUCCUCAUCAGCAUUGAGCUUCACGUUGUAUGAAAUCGCACUGCAGCCAGAAAUUCAGGAUCGAUUGCGCACCGAAAUCAUGAAGGGGCUUGAAGAAACAGAUGGAAAAGUCACUUAUGAUUUGGCGACCAGUUUGCCUUAUCUGGAUAUGGUUAUCUCCGAAACACUGCGGAAGUAUCCUACUCUACCUGUACUAGAUCGCGUUGCUAACGACAACUACAAAAUUCCCGAUUCAAAUCUCGUUAUAGAAAAGGGAACACCAAUCAUGAUACCCGUGAGUGCUUUGCAGUACGAUCCUGAGUAUUUUCCUAAUCCUGAAAAAUACGAUCCCGAGCGUUUUUCAGAGACCAAUAAAAAAACAAUUAAACCAAGUACUUACUUACCUUUUGGGGAAGGUCCACAUAAUUGCAUAGGCAUGCGCAUUGGAUUACUUCAAGUAAAAGUUGGUCUGCUAAAAUUACUACCUAAAUAUGAAUUUACUCCAUGUGAAAAAACUUUAAUACCCUUGCGACUGAGUCCGAAAUCUUUAUUUACAGUAGCUCACGGCGGUGUAUUUUUAAAUGUCAAUAAAAUAUGAUAUCUCAA